CUGGUUUCCCCGACAGAUAAAAGACUUGGACAGAUGCAACAUGUUGAUAACCAAGUUUGAUCCGGACAUGGACCAGGAGCAUCCAGGUUACAGCGAUCCAGAGUACAGAAAAAGACGUGCCUUCAUCUCUGAGCUCGCUUUCAGAUACAAACAAGGAGACCCGCUGCCCACUGUGGAGUACACGGCAGAGGAAGUGUCCACAUGGAGGGAGGUGUACCGGCAGCUGAGGAGCAUCUACUCCAGUCUGGCCUGCAGGCAGUUCAUGGAUGGUCUGCAGCAGCUGGAGAAGGAGUGUGGCUACGGAGAGGACCGCAUCCCUCAGCUCAGAGAGGUCUCCGCCUUCCUGAAAGAGAGAACCGGCUUCCAGCUGCGUCCAGUCGCCGGCCUGCUGUCGGCCAGAGACUUCCUCAGCAGUUUGGCCUUCAGGGUGUUUCAGUGCACGCAGUACAUCCGUCACUCCUCGGCCCCGAUGCACUCGCCUGAGCCAGACUGCUGUCAUGAACUACUGGGACAUAUUCCCAUGCUGGCAGAUAAAGAAUUCGCCCAAUUCUCACAGGAGAUUGGACUCGCCUCGCUUGGAGCUUCAGAUGAAGACAUAGAGAAACUGUCAACGUUGUACUGGUUCACUGUGGAGUUUGGCCUCUGCAAGCAGAACGGCACCGUGAAAGCUUACGGUGCCGGACUCCUGUCCUCGUAUGGAGAGCUUGUUUACGCUCUGUCCAAUGAGCCCGAGUACCGCCCGUUCAACCCAGAGGAGACGGCGGUGCAGCCGUAUCAGGACCAGACCUACCAGCCGGUGUACUUUGUGUCUGAGAGCUUCGAGGACGCAAAGAUGAAGAUGAGGAGAUACUCUGCAGCCAUCAAGCGUCCCUUCGCAGUCCGCUACGACCCGUUCACCUGCAGCGUGGAGGUUCUGGAUCAGCCCUGCAAGAUCCAGAACGCUCUGAGCAAGAUGAGGGAAGACCUGAGGACCCUCCACAGCGCCCUGGAGAAACUCUGCUCGUCCUAAGACCAGGAGAAGAUUCACUCCAGAGAAAAGACAGUCAACCCUGAGUUAAUGUUGGCAGUGGACAUGUUGGAACUUCACUUUUCUUUAUUUUCGAUUUUAUGCUUUGACGACGUUGUGUUCAUCAUCUCAUUAAGUUUAGGCACAAAGAUCCUGUUCUGGCUGAUCUGGGUCACAAACCAGGGAUCAACUGAUACCUUAUUAUCAGAGUCGGUAACGAUAAUUAGUCAUCAAAGAGACUGAAAACUGUUAUUUAGAGCCGGUGAACAUUUGAAAAUGAAAAUCAUAGUGAGAACAGUUAGAUUGACCAGUGAUGGAAUGUAACCAAGUACAGUUUAUUAAUACUUUCCAUUUUCUGCUAGUUUAUGCUUCCACUCCUCUACAUUAACUUGAUACCUUUAGUUAUAGUUACUUUGCAGAUUCAGAUUAUUCAGUGUUGACAGCAGUGGCAGAAUGUAACUAAGUACAUUUACUCAAACACUGAACUCAAGUUUAAUUUUGAGUUACUUGUACUUUACUUGAGUAUAUUCAUUUUCUGAUGGCAGGCAAAUAUUUUUUCUCAAACAUCUUUUUACUCCACUACUUUUUUCCCAGUAAGAUCCCAUCGGAAUUUGUUUAUAUACGUGUAAAUAAAUGUUUCAUUUACUUUUACUUUACUACUUUUGAUACUUCAAACAUUACUUUAAGACUUCAACUCAAGUACUAUUCCUCUGGGAGACUUUCACUUUUACCAAAGUAGUAUUUGAAGACGAUGUCUUUACUUUUACUCAAGUGUGACUUUUGGGUACUUUGUGCGAUGCUGGUUGGUCAUGGAUCAGUCCAUUCUCAUCAAAAACACAGCUGGAAAUUGUCCCGAUGCCUCGUUAAAAAUGUUGAAACACAAUCUGAUUAUUUUACGGGACGUAAACCCCUUGGUUAGGAUUAGGAAAAGGUUAUUUUUUGGCUUGAAUUACCUGUUCUGUUUGCCACAAACAUGCCUGCAAACUGUCCUGAGACCUUCUUAAAGAUAUCCACUGGUAUGACGCUUACAAAUGUUGCACACAGUCGUCCAUCGUCAAAAACUACCCAGUUGUGUCACUCUUACAAAAGCUGGAAUGCACAGGAAAGUCCGGUCAUGAACAAGUUCUGUGAACGUGAUAUAACUGGUCUUGUAGAGAUGUCUUUAUGUAUCUACAGAAAACAAAUCUGAACACGUGUAGUUUGCAGAAACCUACAAAGAAACUCUGUAGGGACAAACAUUCAUCGUAUACAAGAUCUACAAGUAAGAUCAGACAAAGAGAAUCACAGUAGUCGGGUUUGUGAGGCUCCUCACUGGCAUGUUAUGUUUCUGUGUAAUGUUUCAUGUGACGACGAUGUAAAAGGAAAUAAAUGUUUAUUUUCCUGAAGAACCGAGCGUCAGUGUUUUCACCCUCUAGAGAGACGAUGAACGAUGGUUCUGAAGAGAGACGUCCAGCGUGUGCCAGCGGGCUCAAUAAGAGACCGGAACCACUACAAUACCAGACUUCUCUGACAUUUUCUAGCCUUUUUUUUUUUUUUUUUUAAAUUCCAAACCGACUAUUUCCAUUUGGGAAAAACAACAACAACAAAAAAAAAUCUUGGAACCCAUUUAUCUUCAUGUGUUAUUAAGCAAAGGGAAGGAGCUAAUUAUGAAUGAUUUAAGUAUCAUGUUCCCUUCAGCUGGUCAAGGCCAGAGCCAGCAGUGAGGCCCAGCACACCGAGCCGGGCCAGGUCACCGAGACCUCACAGUCGACCACAGCACGGUCCGCAAAAGCUGCACUGCUGACAGACGCUCUUCUCUCUUUAUUUCUCUUUCUCCUCGGGAGUGAGAAAUUGGCCCUCGGCGGCUCUUGACGGACGUCCAACGCUUUGAUCUCCGUGCAGGCGACAGCGCAUAUCAAAGCCGCGCACGUCAGAGCUUCAUCCCUUUAAAAAAAAAAGAAAAAGACAAAUCAUCUCCAUCUGCAGGACUCGUAAAGCAUCCCCGCCAUCAGCGCGGAAGGCUGGCAAACCCUCCCAUCAGCCACCUUGUGUUGGGAAGCCUUCCCGUCCCAUAAUUCCACUGUACAGUAAAUCAAGCCCCGACUCUGGCCUCCCAAGGAAAACCCUGUGUUUGUGGAGUGGAGAAAAAAAAAAUAGUGUGUGAGGAAGGGGAUAAAGCAAGUGGAGGGAAAGAGUGAUCUACUGCUUGACAAGUUUGCAGGGACACACACAUGCAUGCACGCACGCUCUCCAAGCAAAAGUCAAACACUUUAUAAUUUUCUUGUAUCUCGCUCUGCAUCCAGCGCCCUCAAAUCCACAAAUCCCCAUGAAACCGCCCGCCAGGAUCCGAAUGUGCUGAGCGCUAAACAAAAGCGGUGUUGCUGCAGCAACGGGGCGACCAAUAAGGCAUCCAGCUAGAUUCCUGUGCCUCGUGUACUCGCCACUCACAAGCUGUAUCGUCCCGACUCCAACCAUAAGUGUUUCCUUUAUUGAUGUCAGGGCCCUCCCAGCCCUACGCUGGCUCUGCUGCCUCUUCCAGGGCUGGAAAAAGGGUCAUGAGGUUCACUUUGCCCGCAGGCCGGAUAACUCAGACAGAAAGACUUAGUACAACGGCAGGCUAGUUUCCACCUGCUUCCAGCCUUCAUGCUAAGCUAGGCUAACUAUGUCAUGCUUCAAGCUGUGGACGCUUUGAAGUCUUGGAAAUAAAUCAAGCUUACGGAUACGGACCAACGGACCAGAACCUCCGGUAGCCAUGAGAGCAGCGUAGCCGAGCGAGACGACGAUGACCACGGGACAUGGGAGACGUUUUUGUCCAGGCACAGACGGUUAAUACAGAUCAGCUGGGAGGAGAUGAGACAUUGGCGAAGGAAUACUAGAGGGAAAAAGAGCUCCUUUCUCAGAUCUGGGCCCUGAGCUGUGAAGACAGACCGACUUAUGCUGGACUCCUCUUUCAGGGAAAAACUGCCGGCCUCACAUUACAUUGAGCUAUGAUAGCAAGGGCAGGGGGUGGGUGGUGGGUGGUGGUUGGUGGAGGUGGUGGUGGUGGGGGGAGAACAUCACCCUCGCCUGAGUCGGCGUUACGCUCCACUCACAUUACAGCAAAUGUUUCGCUGUGGGCGGCCCGCUGCCAUUCAUUUUCUGUGGAGUAUAGAGAGGGCAGCUGAACGCACGUCAAUUGAGGAAGGGCAGCGGAGAGAAAUUGAACGGCAUCCGACUUUGUGCAAAUCAAAAUAGAGAAGACAGAGAGGCAGAAUCAAAGCUCUGUGCGAGGAUGAUGACCGGUCUUCAUUUGAAUAAUAGCAGAUUCUAAAAGCCGAAUCAGACCUAUGAUAGCAAAAGCAGCUGAGGAACACCACGGAUGUAAUGGAUCACUUGGAUGGAGAGAACUGCCGGUCCUGAGACCUGGAUCUAUGGUUAACCACAUCUGAGCGGUCCUGAACUAUACCAAAAAAAAAAAAAAGGUGGGGACGGGGGCAAAGGGGUGGCUGCAAGUGUUUCUGGGAAUAUUAAACAAACGCUUGUGAAGCAUGGGAAGGCGCUGACUGAUGAGGUCAUGCAGAAGACAUCAUCUAAUAAAGCCCAAAAAGUACCUCCAGAGACCAUCUAAAUGUCAAGUGUGUUGUUGGAGAGAUUGAUGUCCUCAGCGGUGCGGUGUAGGGGAGGAUAUGCCCCGUCUCAGAUGAAGACCUCAGUAAACACUCAACUUUUCCUGCUUCAUCUCCCCUGCAGCAGGAUAGAGCCCUGUCGAAACUCUGGGUUUCUUUCCUUUGCCCAUGUGCAGACUCAGCCAGAGCCUCCACCAUGGAGCAUGAGUGAGGAGAAAAAAAAAAAAAAAAAGAAUAACCCCCAGACCACACCAGGAAAACAACGGCUAAACCCUGUUCUUUCAGACCACUAGCCAAGCAGAGCUCAAUUGCACACUACACCACCAACGGCCAAACUGUGGUCAACCACUCUGCCCUUCAAAUGGAGAGCACCGGCUCCCCAAAAAAACAUAACCUUUUCCAAACGAGGUGAAAGACAUGAGACACGAAAACACGCGUGACCGCCUCUGAUAAAACACAGUGUAAUCGCAUAACACUACAUCGAGCAAUAACACUCUGCUUCCAUGUACAACAGAGUUGAAAAGGACAUCUGAAGUCCAGUAUUGUGUUAUCUAAGUGAGAAAACAGCGUGGCCAAGAGAGUUACGGUUUGUCAAUGUUUCCCAUAAGUGGAGGAAACGGGAAAUGCCGUUAGCGCUGUGUGAUCUGAUUUAUUGUAGAGAGCAGAACAAAUAAUCGAAGGGGACUGGAGGGAGAGAACGGGAAGAAUCGAAUAAUAUAAUCCCAUCACAGAGCCUCUCGCAGGGUCGCUCUGGUCAAUGUCUGCAUCAGCAUCUAAUUCAACAGGACCUGCUCAACAACAGAUUCCGAUUUCAUUUUGACAACCACGUAACGUUAUCUGUUCUCAAAACCUUUACUGCUGGGAGCAAUAGAGUUGAGAGUGAAAACCAUUUCACUCUCGAACACCUGG